AUGAUCUCAUCUCCCAACCAGGAGCGUGAACAUUCGUGCGAGCGUAACGAGACACGCACCGAUGACGCGACCAUUAUGCCUUUCCGUUCACAGGAGGCGCUGAAUGAGAAUCCUGGAGACUAUAUGGACGAACUUCAGCGCGUUGUGCAGCGAAUGCAUAUUCCUGAUGACGCUCGUGAGAGCAACGGCGGUCCGAACCGCCUCUCGCUGAGCUCUUUGGAAGCCAGCGACCUGAGUUCGAGCGAUACGUCGCCUAACAAGCGUGCAUCGUGGAACUCGAACAACUACUUUUGCCAUACAGACGCACCGGAAAUGCGCACCUCGGCGUCUGAGCCUGGUUACUCGCGUUCUGAGCCGAUGGUCCUCGAAGGGAACUUGGAGGUGCUCGAAUCGCUGGGCGAAGGCGCGAGUGGCGAGGUCGCCAAAGCGCGUGUUAAGAGCACAGGCCUGAUUGUGGCUCGCAAGACCAUUGCGACGUCGCCCGAUCCUACCAUCCAUCGCCAGCUCCUCCGCGAGCUGAAUGUGAACCAAACUUGCCGGAGCGAGUACAUUGUGGAGUACUAUGGCGCAUUCUUUGAGCCGGAGAAUGCCACGAUUACCAUCUGCAUGGAGUUCUGUGAGGCGGGUAGUAUGGAUACGAUCUACCGUCGAGUCAAGGCCCGCGGUGGGCGUAUCGGAGAAAAAGUGCUCGUGAAGCUCGCUGGAUCGAUCAUCCACGGCCUCGAGUAUCUGCACGAGCGGCGCAUUAUCCACCGUGAUGUGAAGCCCUCAAACAUCCUCGUCACUCGCUCGGGCUUUGUCAAGCUCUGUGACUUUGGCGUAUCUGGCGAGCUGAUUGACAGCGUUGCCGGCACCUUUACCGGCACGAGCACUUAUAUGGCCCCCGAGCGCAUCCUCGGCCACCCCUACACUGUUACGUCUGAUGUCUGGUCGCUCGGUGUUACGAUUCUCGAGCUGGCCAUGAACCGCUUCCCGUUUGCCUCGGAAAGCGACGCGCCCCUGGGCCCUAUUGAACUAAUGACCUACCUUCUCCAAGCCCCCCUGCCGAAACUGGAAGACAAUGAGGCUCAAAAUAUCAAGUGGAGCCGAGCGCUGCGCGACUUCCUCGAUCGCUGCCUGGUGCGCGAUGGAACUGUACGCCCCCCUCCCCGUGUGCUGAUGAAUCACCCUGUGGUGAAACGCAGCGAGGCAAUCCCCAGCAGCGACAUGGCGCGAUUCGUAGCCAACGUCUGGAAAUGGCCGCCGUCAUAG